AUGGAUUCGUUGGGAUUUUAUCUGAACGACGAUAGGCAACGUCGUCAGAUGCAGCGCUCAGAUAUGUUUGAAGUGGCCGCUGAACUGAAGAGUAAAAGUGAUGAGAUUGUUGGACAGCAAGAGUUGGAACAGAGCCCGCAAUACAUUGACUGGCUACAGAAAUGGGAUAGUUUCCUUGUAAAUUCAGCGACGCGUACUUUGAAGCCGAGCGCCGAACUGAAAAAUUUGGUCAGAACGGGUGUACCAAAAACUUAUCGUCGCAGAGUUUGGCGAAGGUAA